CCCUUCAGAACCGCGCCCCACGGCUCGGCGCAGGUCCCGCCCCUUCCCAUCUACGGGGCGGCAGGAGGCCCGAAGCAAGAUGGCGGUGAAUCAGAGCCACACCGAGAACCGCCGCGGAGCCCUCAUCCCUAACGGUGAAAGUCUCUUGAAGCGGUCUCCGAAUGUGGAGCUCUCCUUCCCACAGCGAUCAGAAGGCUCAAAUGUCUUUAGUGGUACAAAGACAGGAACAUUGUUUCUCACUUCAUACCGGGUGAUUUUCAUAACUUCAUGCUCCAUCAGUGAUCCCAUGUUGUCUUUUAUGAUGCCAUUUGAUCUGAUGACGAACCUCACUGUUGAACAACCAGUAUUUGCUGCAAACUUCAUUAAAGGAACUAUUCAGGCAGCUCCAUAUGGUGGCUGGGAAGGACAAGCUACUUUUAAAUUAGUCUUCAGAAAUGGAGGUGCCAUUGAAUUUGCCCAGUUGAUGGUGAAAGCUGCCUCUGCUGCUGCCCGAGGAUUUCCACUUAGAACCUUAAAUGACUGGUUCAGCUCUAUGGGAAUUUAUGUAAUUACUGGGGAAGGGAAUAUGUGCACUCCACAGAUGCCUUGUUCAGUUAUUGUCUAUGGAGCCCCACCUGCAGGAUAUGGAGCCCCACCUCCCGGAUACGGAGCCCCACCUGCAGGAUAUGGAGCCCAACCCGUAGGAAAUGAAGGCCCGCCUGUGGGAUACAGAGCCUCACCUGUGCGAUAUGGCGCCCCACCUCUUGGAUACGGAGCCCCACCUGCAGGAUAUGGAGCCCCACCUCUUGGAUAUGGAACCCCACCUGCAGAAUAUGGAGCCCCACCUCUCGGAUAUGGAGCCCCACCUGCAGGAAAUGAAGGCCCGCCUGUGGGAUACAGAGCCUCACCUGCUGGAUCAGGAGCCAGGCCUCAUGAAUCUACAGCAGCCCAGGCUCCUGAAAACGAGGCUUCUCUUCCCUCUGCCUCCUCUUCUCAGGUCCAUUCUUAACCUUCUAAGAUGUAAACCUUGAAGACUCACCAAGCAAAGAGGUACCCUAAAAUUGAAGUCAGGAUAAGGAGGAGGACUCAGCUUAGAGUCAUUGAUUGAUCUGCAUAGUGAAAAUUAGGAAACCAGAUGCUCCCAUGUUCUCAAGGACAGCCUUUCUUAAGGAAGUCAGUACGUGGGCAACAGUGACAAGGAGAGGAAGGGAGGAGAGACUCAACCAACUAGAGCAGGGAUAAGGUUUCCCUUGUUCAGCUUUUCAGUGUCUGCUGGAAUGUGAUGAUUACCUCAUUGUCAGGUAGGAAGUGAAACGUACGAUAUUCUUCCUGGCCUUUGCCUUGAGAGUCUUCUGGAGCCUGAAGAGGGUGGGGCAGACAACCAUGGACUGCUAGAGAAUAAACUUUUUUUGAAGCUUCCUAAAUGGAUUAGAAAGAAGGGGUUCUGUCAAAGGGAAAGGGUCUAUACAGAUGUGACCAGCA